AUCCUCCCACAUCACCACAGACUACCGCCAACAUGCCUGGAUUCGCAGACACUCAGCUUGAGCCCGUCAAGCUCAUCACGCUUGAGGAAAUGCAAGGCUGCAUGGCCGCCGUCUACGAAUGGGCCGACAGCUACGACAGCAAAGACUGGGUACGCCUGAGCAAAUGCAUCGCCCCAACCCUCCGCAUCGACUACCGUUCCUUCCUCAACAAACUCUGGGAAGAAAUGCCAGCGGAAGAAUUCAUAAAAAUGGCUUCGGACCCCGCAGUUCUGGGCGACCCAACUCUCAAAACCCAACACUUCAUCGGAGGCACGAAGUGGGAGAAAGUGAGCGAGGAUGAAAUAAUCGGAUACCACCAACUCCGCGUCCCCCACCAAAAAUACACCGACGAAACCCUAAGUAAAGUCGCCGUAAAGGGCCACGCCCACUCCUUCAACUUACACUGGUACAAAAAAGUCAACGGAGUGUGGAAAUUCGCCGGUUUGAAUCCAGACAUUCGAUGGUUCGAGUACGAUUUCGAUCAAGUUUUUGCCGCAGGUCGUGACGCGCACGGCGAAACGGACAAGGAAAAGGAAAAAGAAACUGCGGCUCAAGCGUCUGGCAUUCCUCCAAAGAAAUAAGAAGAAGAAUUACAAAUCAACCCAGCUUUUCGCAUCAAGAUCAAGCUUAGACUAGGUUCACGUUUACGAGAUGAGGAUUUGGUCAAGAGAUUGAGUGACAGCUUUUGGAAUGAUGGAACGAACGAGACGCACGUCGUUGAUAUCUGUCCAUUAGUUUCAUGAGCUGUAUCAACACAGGAUAUGAGCUACUC